AUGGUCAUGCAGAACGAUUCUGUUACCAUAACUCUAGGAGUUCUGCUUGUAAUAAUCAAUAUCUUCGCAUUAGGGGUACUUGCCUCCUGCCAGAAGAUGAUGGUCCAGAUCCGACUGAUGGCAAUCAACUUGUCUUGUACUGACUUGCUGGCCGGGGUCCUUUUGAUUGCGGACACCUUCUUGCCUGUCAACAUCUCUCUAAUCAGCUGCCGGACCCUGCUCGUGUUCUGGGACAUGGCGGUAGUCGUGUCCUACUGCACAACGACUGUCCUUUCGGUCGAUCGCUACAUCUCCAUGACUUUUCCGCUAAGGUACCAUGCCCUCAUGAACAAGACAAGAAUCAAUGUCAUCAUGGGCCUCGCCUGGGGUGUUGGCUUUAUCUUUCAUUUUGUGCGCUUUGCUGACGAAUUCGAAAAGUACACCGUCUGUAUCCCGCACUUGUAUCAUCAAGGUAAAUUUGCGCGCAAAAUUGACGUCACCCUUUUUGCUGCCAGCAUUCUAAUCAAUGUAAUCCUAAACAUUGUUAUAUUCAGAAAAAUUAUCAAAAUUUCCAGGGUUUCCCGCACCAAUCCGCUAGAUCAAAACUUUCGAAAUAGUAUGGAAAAUAUCCGGAUUUUUAUACGAGUUCUGGUCAUUACCGGUACGUUUCUGUUUUUAUACACGCCUGUUGUGAUUUUGAGCAUGAUUAUUAGUUAUUCCAACGACAAAAAAUUCGCGCUGUCCCUCACUAGCUGGGCAAGCCUUGCUGGUUCGCUGUGUGUCCUAAAUUCGUUCAUAAACCCCUUUCUGUACGCCUGGAGGUUCCGGGAGUGCCGUUACCAGUUUCUGAUUGCGCUUUGCUACUGCAGCAAGGAACGACGGGAGCAUUACAAAAGCAAGAAGAAGAAGUCAUACGUCACCUACGUCAUCUCUUCCAGGGACGUUGCAGAGGAAUCGUAG